AUGUUUUGCAAGAGCUGCGGUGCCACGGGAAGCAGCAGCAGCAGCAGGGGCCCCCGGGGGGCCCCCGGGGGGGCUCCGGGGGGCCCCAUAAAUCAACAAAAUGAGGCAGCAGGCAGCGGCAGCAGCGAAACCAGCAGCAGCAGCAACAUCCACAGCCCCAGCCGCACGGCCGCAGCAGCAGCAGCAGAAAGCAUAGCAGCAGCAGCAGCAGCUGUUGGCCGCUGCUGCAGGAACAAAAGCCGCAGCAGCAGCAAAUGCCACAGCAGCAGCAGCAACCCCAGCAGACGCACCAAGAUAGCAGCUGAAGCAGCAGCAGCAGCAAAUGCAGCGCCAGCAGUAGUAACAGCAGCAGCAGCAGCAGCAGCAGAACGUACUGGACCAGUGUUGAGCAGCCAGUCAAUUAGCCCAGCAGAAUCUGCUGCCAGCAGCAGCAGCAGCAGCAAAUCUGCGGAGCCCCACAGCGGCCCGCUGCUGCUGCUGGCAAGUAUUGCCAUUAGGCGGGCUAAUGCUGCGCUGCAGCAGCAACUGUAA